AUGUCUAAUACAGUGGCAGACGAUCUUAAAGCGGAUCUUCAAGAAGUGAAUCGCCUCAAAACUAACAGACAGGCAGAAAUAGAACAUUAUGAAGCAGAAUUGGCGGCUUUUAAGUUAAAAUUCAAACGGCUUCGAGAAGGUAGUCAAGACAGUGGAAAUUCGGCUGUCUCGGCUCUAUACCAAGCGCUCUUGGCUUUAAGUGACCGGCUUCAAAAUCAGUCAGCCCCAGUAGCUGGAAUGCAUGAGACUAUUCGAGAAUUUUCAGGAGCUCGGGAGUUUUUGCAAGAUUACAUCCUGGAUAAAAUUUGGCUAUGCGGUGGUUUAGACUUGACCGUUGAUGAUAUUCGAGACGAGGUAGCGUCGGGUUUGUUUUCAAGAGAUUUAGCUCAGUAUGUUCUCGGAAAAAGCUAUCAAACAACCGAUGCGAUGCUACAAGACCUUGUGAGAGUUCACGGUAUUCAUGGGUGUCGGAUCGAACGCUUCGAGGCUCAGAAAGUUUCUUGGAAUCCAAGGCAAAGCGGUAAACAAGGCACAUUCAGUCAGCAGACGCCGGCGAAUGUCAACAACGCCAAUGCUGUGCCACCGUCAGAGCAACAGCGGGAAAAUAAAGGACAGUCGGAUGUUCCAGGAAAUUCAAGGAAACCUCGAAAUAAAGAAAAAGAGAACUUUGUGUGGGGCAGUGAACAAGAAAAAUCUUUUGCAUCUAUUAAAGAAAUUUUACUGAGCAAACCAGUGCUUAAAAUGUACAAUCCGAAGGUUUUCAAUACUGAAUUGCAUACCCAUGCGUCAAGCUUAGGAUUAGUUGCAAUGCUUUUGCAAGCGGACAAAGAUGGGGACUCACUUCGAUUGGUUUACGCUAUUAGUGGCUGUACUAAUGAAUGUAAGGCAAAUUGUUACGGAUUGCCAAAGUCUGGUACACAUGAAUGUUUGGAAGACAUAUCAAAUGCGCAGAUUGCUCGUUGGAUGAGCCAGAUCUCAGAAUUUGAUUUGGAAAUUAGGCAUAGGCACGGUGAAUGUAUGCAGCAUGUAGACGCGUUGUCAAGAGCCCCUGCCAAACUGUGUGUUGAAGGUCUUAGCUUAUCUUAUGAUUAUAUCUGCAAGAAUAAUAUUCCACACAAAAAAAUUGGAAAACUCAUAAUUGCUACUGAUAAACAACAAGUUUCUCAACUCCAUGAUCUUUAUCAGCGAGCAUUGGAAAACAACUGUCCUGAUGUUCAGCUUCUUGAUAAGGAAUAUAUUUCAAAUUACGAAGAAAAAUGCAAGGGAGAAAAAGCAUUGUGGUCUCCAUGGACAGGCAUUGUAAACUGGGCAGCUGUAUGUCAACAUUUUGCUAAGGAUUUCAAGGAAAUGGGUGGUCAUAUUUUUUUAAACUUUGAAGUCACAGGUUUUGCAGAAUCAAUAGAAUUGAAUGGAGAACUAAAAUCAACACCUAUUUGUGUACACUCAAAAAAUAAAUAUAUAGCUGCCAAACACGUUCUAACUUGUGGAGGUCUGUAUUCUGACCGAUUAGCAGUAAUGACUGGAUGUAGUCCAAGUCCACAUAUAGUACCGUUUCGUGGUGAAUAUCUACUACUCAAAGGCGAUAAAAAAUCCUUUAUUUCUACCAACAUUUAUCCAGUACCUGAUCCACGUUUUCCAUUUCUGGGUGUUCAUUUCACUCCAAGAGUUAAUGGAGAUGUAUGGCUGGGACCAAAUGCCGUAUUAGCAUUUGCAAGAGAAGGAUAUCAUUGGCAGGAUGUAAAUUUACAAGAUUGUAUGGAAAUGGUAACAUUUCCAGGCCUUUAUAAAUUCUGCUUUAGACAUGUGAUCCCAGGAAUCAAAGAAGCAACAAAAUCUAUUUUUUAUCAACUCUCAGUAAAAGAAUGUUCCAAGUUUGUGCCUAGCAUUACACCGAAAGAUGUAAAAAGGGGUCCAACAGGUGUGAGGGCACAGGCACUUGAUGAUGAUGGGUAUCUUGUAGAUGAUUUUGUUUUUGAUAGUGGCAUAGGGAACUUUGGUAAAAGAGUUCUCCACUGUAGAAAUGCUCCUUCCCCAGGUGCAACAAGCAGUAUGUCAAUUGCAAAGUUUAUAUCAGAUAAAUUGGAAAAAGAUUUCGUGUUUUAAUUAAUUUUUUAAUUCGAAUUUUAGGUCAUAUGUUUACAGAAAGUAAUUUCUUAGUAGCAAAUUAAACUUUUACAUACUUUUAAUUAUAAAUAAGUUUUUUCUUCAGCGACUUGUUAUUUUGAUUUUUA